UGAUUCUAACCAUCCAGUCAUGGCGGUUGGCUGCAUGUAUCCAUCUAUGGCUGAAUUCAGACUUGCUAUGAGACAGUAUGCCAUAGAAAAAGAGUUUGAGUUAGGCAUUGAGGCUAGUACCCCGAAGAAAUACAGAGGAUUUUGUCGAGGUGGUGAUUGUCCUUGGAGCAUACAUGCAAGAAUUGAGAGGGCUGGGUCACCUACCAUAAUUGUGACUGUGAUGAAUGAUCAUCACACUUGCACUUCUAGUGGCCGGAGGAGGACAAGCACACCAACCAGUGCUUGGGUUGCUGCUAAAGCUUUACCUAUCCUUGCGAAGAAACCACACACAGGUGCAAAGGAUUUACAGACUUUCCUUCAAGAUACGUACAAGUGCACCAUUUCUUAUGAUACAGUUUGGUAUGGAAAAGAGAAAGCCUUGAAGGAGUUGUUUGGGACUUGGGAAGAGAGUUUCCAACUUCUAUUCUCUUGGAAGGAGGCUGUAUUGCAGAGGUCACCUGAUAGUGUCAUUGAAAUUGAUGUACGUGUUGAGGAUGGCAGAGUUUAUUUUAGUAGGUUCUUCUGUGCACUUGGCCCUUGUAUUAGUGGUUUCUUACAUGGAUGCAGACCUUACUUGAGUGUUGAUUCGACAGCUUUGAAUGGUAGAUGGAAUGGUCACCUACCAUCUGCAACAGCCGUCGACGGCCACAACUGGAUGUUCCCUGUUGCAUAUGGAUUCUUUGAGUCCGAAACAGAGGACAAUUGGCAUUGGUUCCUUCUACAGUUACGCAAGGCCAUCGGGGAUUUACCUAACCUAGCAUUGUGUUCUGAUGCUUGCAAAGGGCUAACAAAUGCAAUGAAGGAUGUUUUUCCAGAAGCUGAGAAAAGAGAGUGUUUCCGGCACCUAAUGAACAAUUAUGUCAAGCAAUAUGCUGGAUCAGAAUACAUGUACCCUGCUGCCAGGGCGUACAAGGCAGAAGUAUAUGACAUGUACAUUGCAAAUGUCAGUAGCAAUCCUGAUAUUGCUGCUUGGUUAGAUAGGUUCCAUUCCUUGUUGUGGUACCGAAGUGCAUUCAACCCUACUAUCAAAUGCGACUAUGUAACAAAUAACAUUGCUGAGGUGUUCAAUAACUGGAUAAAGGACUACAAGGACCUCCCUGUUUGUGACCUGGCUGACAAAAUUAGGAUAAUGAUCAUGCAACUAUUCUACAAGAGGAGGCGGAUAGGAAGGAGGUUGGAGGGAAAGAUUUUACCUUCUAUCAUAGCACAACUCAAUGCAAGAACUAGAGGACUUGGACACUUGGAGGUCAUAAAAGGCGAUGACUAUGUUGCAGAGGUGAGAGACAAUGGUGAUUGUUUUUCUAGAUAUGUGGUGAAGGCUCAUCUUAGAAAAUGUUCAUGUAAGGAAUGGCAACAUAUAGGGAAGCCCUGCCACCAUGCAUUAUGUCUAAUUACCGCACAACAAUAUAGAAAUGUAAUGAUGGAGGAGUUUGUCGACGAUUACUACUCAGUUGACAUGUUUAGGAAAGCUUAUGAGAGAUUGGUGGAGCCAAUUGAAAGCAAAUUAUUUUGGCCAAAGGUGGAUUUUGCAAAGGAGGUUGGUGCUCCACUAGGCAAGAGAGGCGUGGGACGUCAAAGGAAAAAUAGGUUCAAGAGUUGUCUAGAAGGUGGGAGUAGUAAGAAAAAGCCUGCCAACGAAAGUGAGAAAGCUAAGAAGAUUAUUCGAGGCAAAUUCAAGUGCCCUAAUUGUGGGGAGUUAGGGCAUAGGAAGACUAGCUACAAAUGCCCCCUAAAUGGAACGAAGAAAAGGAAAAGGAAACCAAGAAAGAACUCAACAAAGAAAUGGUUUCCUAAGGAGCCAGCUGAAGCUUCUUCAUCACAGCCAGAACUAGGGGAUUCUGGUCAACACCAACUUGUCUCCACUGAUGUUCCAGAAGAAAUAGUGGGUACUACCCCACAGAGGAGAGUGAGGUGUGCUGUCAAAAAGAAGAUUACUCCGAAGAAGAAGAUCUGCUUCUGAGUAGCUGCUUAAGUAUGGCAGUUGUGUCUGUAUUUUAAGUAUGAAUUAUGGCAGUUGUGUUUGUAUUUUAAGUAUGAAUUAUGGCAGUUGUUUCUGGCAGCUGUCAACAAUUUCUGUUUGUGCCUGAGAUGAAAAUGUAGUACUGGGUGUGUUUAGAAAUGUGACAGGCAACAGCCCAGUAGUGAUUGAAGUAGUGAACUAUUUCUGUUUGUGCCCAGUGGUCAACAAUUUCUGUUUGUGAAUGACAUGAAAAUGUAGUCAACAUUUUCUGUUUGUGCCCAGCUGUCAACAAUUUC